AUGCACGACAACCUACGUCGACGCGCUCUGGAGAGUGGCAAAACAACCUCAAACAAGGCCAAGUCCAAGCAGUCUUCCAGGACCAGCUCCCGCGCCGCCUCAGCCACCAACUCGCGCGCCAACUCGCGUCUCCAGAGUCGAGAUGCUUCGGACGACGAGGAUGCGGCGGGGAACCUAAGCGACGACACAAACAUGAGCAUUAACUCCAUUGACGAGUUGCUCGAAAGCGACGAUAUUAAUGAACAGACCACCGAUGUCAUGCGAGAGGAGCUCACCAACAGCAUCGAUGAGAUACUGCUGACGAAGGGAACCAGCAAGAAUAGCAGAGAAGAGUUUCUGACCGUCUACGUACGAUGUCUGACGGCCCAUCUCUUUGCUGACACGCUCUACAAACGUGUGGGCGACAUCAUCAAAGCGCUUUGCAGAAGCGUCAAGGCCGAGACAACCGAAAAGGAAACGACUCUGGCACUGCACGCCAUUGCAUUGACUGCCAUCACAAUUGAAGAUGAUCAUCUCUACGACCAAGUAGCUUCCGUGCUGAAGCAAUCGAUCUCGGACGCUGAGCAUGCCCAUGUGAAGGCAGUCGCCAUUGAAGCGCUAGCGGCCUGUCUCACAUUUGGAGGUGUUGCCGAAGCCGAGAUUGAGGAGAACAUGACCUACCUUCUGGAAAUUAUUUCUUCCGACGGCGAGUUCGUCAAUGCUGUAGACGAGGCAGACGUUGUGGCAGCAGCCAUUCACGCGUACGCGUUUCUAGCCACGCAAGUAGAGGACCUGGAAGCCGAAUCAGAAGACGCGGUGGCUGCCCUACUUGAUCAACUGGAUUCGGACUCGGUGAAGGUCCAGAUCGCUGCUGGAGAGACCAUUGCUCUCCUCUACGAGAAGAGCUACACUCCUCGCGAAGACGAAGAGUCCAGCGGAAGUGAUGACGAAGAGGAUGAAGUCGAUGGGGGCGACAAAUCACUGGUCAAACGGUACAAUGCCUACCAUAACACUCACCAAGUUCUGGAGAAGAUCAAUUCGCUGUCCUCGUUAAGCACAAAGUCGGUGGGCCGGAAGGAUCGUCGGAAUAUCCACCAGUCAUUUGCCUCAAUCGGUCUCACAGUCGAAAAGCCCAGCAUCGGCCUUCGAACGAACAAGUCCGAAUUGAAAAUUCGACUUCACAAUUCUGGAGAAAUGAAGGUCGACACGUGGUGGAAGAUGGUCCGGCUCAACGCGAUCCGUAGACUUCUUUCUGGAGGUCUGGUCAACCACUACUACGAAGGCAAUCACCAACUCCUCAAUGUGCUUCCAAUGGUCAUUAGGGAUACGAGCAUCGGCAGUCCGAGAAAGCACUUGGCAAAGGCGACGAAAGGCAGACACAGAGAACAGAGACGUUUUGUUAGUGUCAAUGCGGAUAACUUCGAUUGA